AUGUCCUCGUCAAAGAGUAGGGUUUUCAGAUUGCGGUGUUCGAAUGACGAAAUAAUUGAAGUAAAUGAGGCUGCGGCGGUACUUUGUGAAACCAUCAAGAACAUGGUGGAGGAAGGCUGUGAGGGCGACGAGAUUUCAGUACCAAACGUGACUGCCGAAAUCCUAGGCAAGGUGAUGGAGUGGUGCAAAAAGCAUGCAAAGGGUAAAGAGACUAAAGAGGAACUCGAAGAGUGGGACGCUGAGUUUCUUAAUGUUGAUCAAGCAGUUUUGUACCAUAUCUUGAUUGCCGCGGACUAUCUAUACAACAAGGAAUUGGUGGCUCAAGUGACUCAAAAGGUUGCAGAUAUGAUCAAGGGAAAGAAAAGUGACGAGAUUCGCGAAGUGUUUAAGCUCAAGAAUGAUAUGCCACCAGAGCUCGUAAAAGAAAUAAUCGAUGGCAACCCUUCGGUAGAUUUCAUGUAA